CCCUAACCACCCCAGAGGAGAACUACAGGGAAAUGCUUCACAUCUGACAUCAUGACAGCACUGGAGCCCAGUCUGGAUCAUUUUUACACAUAAUUGAAUUAAUUUUCCACUCCUAGGUUAUGGGGUGUGAAAUUUAAAGGACUCUAUGCUAUCCAGCCACAAAAAGUGUUCAUGAAAAAGGUGGAUAUCCAGUUGGCAGGAACGUCCUUUCCGUUCUUUCAGCAGGCCCGUAUUGUAUACUUUACUCUGCCAGGGACCUACAAUAUGAAGAUGAAUAGGACACGGUCUUUGCCUCCAGGGAGCUCAGAGUCUAGGAGGACACUUCAGGACAGCUGCCAGGAGAAACCUAUGUAGGUUAUUAAAAGGCUUUAUGACAGCCAGGGAGGCAUUCCACACAGAGGAAACAGCAAGGACAGAGGCACAGAAGCAAGAAACUGGUGGCAUGUGCAGCAUGUUCCUGUAGUAUCAGAAAGGGAGAGCUUCAUGUAGGUAACCUUUUAGGGACCUUUCAAUCCAGACAUUCUGUGAUUCUCUGCCUGCUUCCACGGUGGUCAUUUAAUCUUGUAGGCUUAUUUUGGACCAUUGUUUUUCUUCUUGGUGAGUGUUUUCAUAGCCUGCAAGAUGUAUAUAUUAAGUACUCAUUGCUUCCUGGGCUCCCUCUAGCCCACUGUAACUGAGGGAGGUUGUUUGCCACUACCCCUUAAAGCUGGCUAGACACAUGUUUCCAUUUCAGGUUAUUAAGGACAGUUCUUAGGUGGCCAGGUUAUCAAAAUACAUGAACAGUAAAUGUUGCUUCCUGGGUUCUAUCGCUCUAUUAAGAGAUCAGAAAUACCAUCAAGUCAAAAAGCCUCCAUUCUACGGUAACACUUUUUCCAUUCACGUCAGUUAGUCUCUUCACUUAGGGUUUCCAGCUCCUAGAGAGCCUUCCCAAAAUGUGCUCCUUCACCAUCUCUUCCUAUUUAUUUACUUUUGAAGUUUUAUUUAAGUGAUCUCUACACCCCACGUGGGGCUUGAACUCACGGCCAGAGAUGGAGUCAUAAGCUCUUGUGACUGAGCCAACUAGGCACCCCCAUCCCUUCCUAUUUAGAAGUACACAGAAGGUUUCUUACUUAGGACCUGCAUCUAAUACCUCCCCCUGUAUUUAAGUGGUCAAGAAUUUGAUCUCCUGUCAGACUUCCUGAGUUCAAAUGCCAGUUUUUCCACUUACUGGUUGUGUGACUUUGGGCAAAUUUACUCAAGCCCUCUAUUUCAGUUUCCUCAUUUGCAAAAUGAAAAUAACACCAAUUUAAUGCGAUGUUUGUGAGAGUAAGGUGAUAAUAGGUGGGCUCAGUGCCUGGCAUACACUUAAACACUCAGUAUUUGUGCUUUAUCUCCUGUAUGAACUAAUUAUAAUUAACUGAUGAUUGUAAUACCAUUGGUUCCUAUUUCUCAGCUUCAUUGCUCUAUUUCAUUUGAAACUAAAGAAUGAAAGAUAAAUGCCUGCCAUCACCUAGAAUUGGGUUUUGGCCUUCAAGGGAACCUGAGGUUAUUAGCUUUGGAAGCCGGCCUGUAAAUUACUCCUUUAAUUUAUAUUUUUCAUUAAAAGCUCAGCUUGCCUCUUCUUCUAUCGGGGUCUUCUCUGGCCCUGAAACCCCAGUGUUUAGCCAUAAAAUAAGGUUUUAAAAUUAAGCGUCCAUAAUUCUCUCAGCUCCCCACAAGGUGUGGAUUAAUGGAAUUGAUAAGAAGGUGCACAGGAUGUUAUUUUUUACGAAAGCAAAGGCCUGGCCCUAUUUCUUAUCUUUGAAACAAAUCAAGGAGAUACUGCGAUUGGAGUGUAGUGUAUUUAUUUAUGUAUGUGUAGAGCUUUACAAAGAAAACCUCGGUUUGGGUGUCAGGAAAUCUGGGUCCUAAGCUCUUCAUCGCCACCAAGAUGCUGUGACCUCUAACCCUCUGCACAUUCGCUUUGUGACUUGCAGGUUGAACAUUAGGUAAGUAAAGCGCCUAGUAUCACGCCUGGCACACAGAACUGUCCCCCCUUCCCCUGUCAUGACAGGUAGUAGGUCUCUGAAAAUGCAUACCAUUAGGAUAAUGAAAAUGGGUACGCGCGCCAGUGAGAAGGGGCAACCACAUCUCUACACCUCCCACGGAAAAAUGAGCAUGGAAACAGAGUCGCGUUGCAGCUAAGACUACACUUCCCGCUGCCCUUUGCGGCCGGCUCGGUUUGCCUUACCCAGAAUCGCUCCCUCCGCAACCUUGCGUCUUUCCGCGGAGGCCCCGGAUGUAGAAUCCCUCUCUGCUCGAUGGGCGUGGCCUGGCAGUGGCUCUGAGACCUGGGGCUCUCUUAUUGGUUGUGGUCCUUCCGACUGGAUUGGAAGUGAAGGAGGGGGCGUGGGCCAAGGCGCGCGGCGCUCUAGCGACAGCCAAUCAGAAGCCUGGUCGGGCUUUGGCGGGAGGCGGUAAAGCUUCGGCUUUGCAGAUUUGGCGCGAGUGCGGCUGGGCUUUACUGCAGCUGGUGUGUAGUUUAUUCCGGAACUUGCCCUGAAGAAUCCCAGAAGCCGUGUGCGAGAGACGUGAGAAAGAGCCAGCACUGAGCCGUGUUGCCAUCAUGCCUCAAACCCGAUCCCAGUCACAGGCUACAAUCAGUUUUCCAAAAAAGAAGCUGUCUCGGACAUUGGACAAAGCUAAAACUUCUGGUGACACCAAACUAGAACUGACCAAUGUCCAGGCCUCACGCCGUUCUUGUGUAAAAAUUCUGCCUCUCAGCCCCAGAAAACGUCUUGGUGAUGAUAAUCUGUGCAACACUCCCCAUUUGCCACCCUGUUCUCCACCAAAACAAGGCAAGAAAGAGAAUGGCCCCCCUCGCUUCCAUACACCUAAGGGGCGCAGAUUGGUGUUUGACAAUCAGCUGACAAUUAAGUCUCCUAGCAAAAGAGAACAAGCCAGAGUUCACCAAAACAAAAUACAUUCCUCAGUUCGAAAAGGUCAAGAGAUUACAACAAAUUCUGAGCAGAGAUGUCCACUGGAGAAAGAAUCUGCAUGUAUGAGACUGUUCAAGCAAGAAGGCACUUGCUACCAGCAAGCAAAGCUGGUCCUGAAUACAGCUGUCCCAGAUCGGCUGCCUGCCAGGGAAAAGGAGAUGAAUGUCAUCAGGAAUUUCCUGAGGGAGCACAUCUGUGGGAAAAAAGCUGGAAGUCUUUAUCUUUCUGGUCCUCCUGGAACUGGAAAAACUGCCUGUUUAAGCCGAAUUCUGCAAGACCUCAAGAAGGAACUGAAAGGCUUUAAAACUAUCAUGCUGAAUUGCAUGUCCUUGAGGACUGCCCAGGCUGUAUUCCCAGCUAUUGCCCAGGAGAUUUGUCAGGAAGAAGUAUGCAGGCCAGCUGGGAAGGACAUGAUGAAGAAACUGGAAAACCAUAUGACUGCAGAGAAGGGCCCCAUGAUUGUGUUGGUGUUGGACGAGGUGGAUCAGCUGGACAGCAAAGGGCAGGAUGUGUUGUACACGCUGUUCGAAUGGCCAUGGUUAAGCAAUUCUCGAUUGGUGCUGAUUGGUAUUGCUAAUACCCUGGAUCUCACGGACAGAAUUCUGCCAAGGCUUCAAGCUAGAGAAAAAUGUAAGCCACAGCUGUUGAACUUCCCACCUUAUACCAAAAAUCAGAUAGCUGCUAUCUUGCAGGAUCGGCUUGAUCUGGUAUCUAGAGAUCAGGUUCUGGACAAUGCUGCAAUUCAAUUCUGUGCCCGAAAAAUCUCUGCUGUUUCAGGAGAUGUUCGAAAAGCACUAGAUGUUUGCAGGAGAGCUAUUGAAAUUGUAGAGUCGGAUGUCAAAAGCCAGACUAUCCUCAAACCGCUGUCUGAAUGUAAAUUGCCCUCUGAGUCACUGGUUCCCAAGAGGGUUGGUCUUAUUCACAUAUCCCAAGUCAUCUCAGAAGUUGAUGGUAACAGAAUGACUUUGAGCCAAGAAGGGGCACAAGAUUCCUUCCCCCUUCAGCAGAAGAUAUUGGUCUGCUCUUUGCUGCUCUUGACCAGGCAGCUGAAAAUCAAAGAGGUCACUCUGGGGAAGUUACAUGAAGCCUAUAGUAACGUCUGUCGCAAACAGCAGGUGGCAGCUGUGGACCAGUCAGAGUGUUUGUCACUUUCAGGGCUCUUGGAGGCCAGGGGCAUUUUAGGAUUAAAGAAAAACAAGGAAACCCGCUUCACAAAGGUGUCUUUGAAGAUUGAAGAGAAGGAAGUAGAGCAUGCUCUAAAAGACAAAGCUUUAAUCGGAAAUAUCUUAGCUACUGGAUUGCCUUAAAUUCUUUUCUUUUAUACUAAUGACGCUACCUGAAAGUAUCCAGCUGGCAUUUAGAGAUCUCUGGAGUCUUCAUUUUAGUACUUUAUCCAUUCAGUGGCAUUCAAUGGUAAUUUGUGAAAACAAUAUGACCUUUUUUUAACAUGAAACUGAUAAAUUUUAAUCUAUGGAUUCAUGAAUAUUAGUGCAGAAUAAUAAUUUGGGGUCUUAUUUUAUGCAUUAAAAAUUACCAAGUAGACCUUUUUUAAUUAUAUUCACUACCUCCACCUCUUGUGUAUCUCUAACCAAUAUGCUUAUAUUGCAGUACACAAGAUUUAUGUUGUGGAAUGUGCCUGUAUUUACCUCUUAGUUUCUUCAGACAUUGGCAUAUUUUAAAGAACCUUGGGGCUAGAGUAAGAAGAGAGAAAAAGGAUGUUGCAGGAAAAUAAGCAAGUCCACGUGGAGAUCUGGAGAUUUGAUCAAAGAAUUUCUUUCUUUUUGGAGGAUAUUGUGUUUGUGUUGCAAGUGCUUCCACAGUGACAUUUUAAAGACUCAUUGAGCUUCUUGGGCACUCCCAAGGCUGUGGGGGUGGUAAAGGGACAGUAACUGUACGGAUUGUGAAUAUAUUUAUUUUCAAGUUGCA